ACACAUCACAUGGGGGGCACAUUAAUAUACAAUUAAUGGGAGUGAGGGGGAGUCCUCCACCAUGUGCUAAGUGGGAGAUUAGGUAAUCCCACUUGCACAUGGUGGGGCUUGCUUGUCUCCAAUAAUUAACACUGUGAACCAUGUAGUUCAUCCAACAGUUCAUCGAUCAAAGGAAUUAGGGAUUUUUUUAUGGUUAGAUCAUCGAGUUGCCUGUAGUCUAUAUAAAAUCUCGACGUGUUGUCUUUCUUCUUUACUGACAAAAUUGGUGAAGCUAAAGGACUACAGCUAGGUUGUAUAACUCCAUUCUGCAAAAUUUCUUUUACCAUAUUUUCAAUUUUUUUCCUUAUGUAAGAAAGAACUCCUAUAAGGCCUUAUAUUUACUGGCUUAGCACCUGGAAUGAGAGGGAUUCUGUGGUCUAUAGAUCUCUUUGAUGGUAAGUGUUUAGUUUCUCGGAACACUGCCUGGUAUUCCUUUAGUAUAGCCUCUACUUCAACCACUGUCAUUCUCUGGUUCCUCUCUUCUUGAACUUCUAAGGAAAAGAACUGACCAAUGUAACCAUAAACAACCUCCUUAAAACUCUUAUGUAUCUUUAUAAUCGAUACCAUUUAUAAACUGGCAUCCUCUACAAUUCCUUUUAACUCGAUCAUCCUUCCAUCCUUCUUAAAAGACAGUUUCAUCUUGUAAAAGUCAAAUAAUAUUGGUGAGAAUAUCCUCAAGCAAUCAACUCCCAAUACUAUAUCACACCUUCUCAACUUUAAUAACCUCGAAUUAGCUUGAAAUUCACGCCCCUAUAUGAACCACUUGAAUUUUAGGUUAGAGGCAUCACAUUUCAUAAUGUUACCAUUAGCCACUAUGACUGUCAGAACUGUGGUUUUAACAAUGACAGCUUUGAGUCCUUUAAUCACCUUCUCAUCUAUGAAACUAUGAGUGCUUCCACUAUCAAUUAAGAUGAUCAAAUCCCUUCCCUGACAACACCCUCUAAUCUGAAUGGUGUUAUAGGCAUAACAAUCAGCAAAGGCAUUCAGGGACAUCCCAUACUCUUCAUUUCUGAUAUCUUUCAUGACAUCCACUCCAUCCUCUUCUUCUGCUUCUAAGAAUUCCUCCUUUUCAUCCCCCCUUCCCUCAAUCAAAUGAAUCCCUUUAACACUACAUUUAUGUUCAGUUUUGCAGUGCGUAGAACUUUGAACUACGAUAUGGAUUACGACCAAAGAUCAGAGGCUCUCUCUGGCCCUCACUGGAAGGGUGAUGGCUCUUCAAUAUCGUCAGAUAAAGCAUGUCCUGCAACAUGCAGAGUGCCAGCCAAGGCUCUAAAUAUUAUAUGGGGCAAUGAUCCCCGGUUUUGGCAAUGGAUCAAACUUUCAGAAGUGGAAACAAGGUCAGUUGGUUUCGACGAAGGUGCAAGGCUCCUUCAAGUUAACUGGAUUGAGGUCACUGGGAAAUUGCCUUCAACUAUGUUCAAUGUUGCUUCAGCUACAAAAUACGGAGUAUAUUAUGUCAUGAAAUUUCAGGUUGAUGCAUUUGGUUGGCAUUCUGUUCCAAUCAAGUUCAAGGUAAGACUCAAUGGACAAGAGACGGUGAAAAACUUUGUACUUGAGUCUUACAAGGAGAAACAUGAUGUGUGGCAUGAGAUUUGCGGUGGCGAAUUCACAGUUUCAAAGAACGCAGCUGGAGUUGUAGAAUUUGGUAUGUUUGAAGUUAAAAGCGAGUGGUGGAAGGGUGGCGUGGUUCUUGCAGGUAUCAAGAUUAAGCCAAAAGAAGGUUAAUAGGGGGGGAAUGUUUUUGUUGCAAGACUUAUAAAUCUGGAAAUUUAGGCUAAUUUUAUGUUUUUCUUUUUUUUUCUUUUUGAUGAGCUGUGUUGUUUGACAACAAACAACAAAAAGAAAAUGACUCUUAUCGGUGUCAAGUCCUGUGAUAAGGAUUUGGCAGGCAGAACAAGCUCCAUAUUGCAUAAAAGUAAUCCAGGAUUCUCUUUUGAUAUUCUCAGAAGUCCAAAAACCAAUUUGCAUUCAGGGAAUAUAACUUUAAUGGAUGCUUUAUCACAGAAUAAGUACUUUUUAUUUUAUAUUGUAUGCAAUAUGUAUCUUUUUACUUUCUUUGAUUGAUGAAUGUUGAUGAAAACAACAUGUGCAUCAUCAACAAGUUGUAAUCUCACACACUUAACAGCUUUCGUUGUAGUCUGAGUGUGUGUGUGAGAGAGAGAGAGAGUUUGUUUAGCACUCAGAUAAGCAAUACAUAUUCUGUCGAAUCCAAAGCACUUUUGAAUGCAUGGACGCGAAUGGUUUGCCUAAGACAUUAUUGGAGAGGAACUUAAAUCUCACAUGAGCGAAAACUAGCCAAAAAAAUACCUUGACCAUUGAAAAAAAUACAUUCUCUAGCCCACAAGGCAUCUUAUUUAAUUUGAUGGAUGAUGCAACUCAAUACAUUAAUAACUCAACACACUUGAUCAAGUGAUUACAGCCUGGAGACUUGAUUAAUGAUCCAACAGUGGACGGCUAGAUCAAGAGCCAACACAUUUUUGCAGAUUAAUUUAUGACUAAUUGGACCUUCUAGUGCACAAGAUGAUUAUUUAACCUCACCAUGCUAUAAAAACAGUAAUUUGUGAGAAAGUGAUGGUUAUGAAGUGAAGGGGGCAGGGUGGUCACAGGAUGACGUUUCACAGUCGCAACAGACAAGGUAAGAAACUAGCUAUUCUCAGCCUAUGCACAUCGAAGAGACAUCGAAGAGACAUCAACAAAACUGGGUGAAACCAAGUUGAAGAGAGUGGAGAAAGAAGCAGAAAGUAAAGCCCCGAGUGGGAGUACAGGAGAAAGCAGCAGGUUCUAAGCCACUAAAUGAUGCCAGAGUGAAGACAGUGACAGAAGUUAAGUUACCACAUAGCUGUGAAGCCAUAUUAAGAGAUGCAGACUCUCCAAUUCAAAGGUCCUCAGUGGACUAACUGUAUGAUCAACUCAACACUGGAGUUUUCUUGAACCAAAAGAGAAA